AUGUCAUUGGUUGCAAAUUUAAAGCUUUCAAUUGGUUCAAAGAACAAUGAAUUUGUGCUUAGAGAUGUUCAAUUGUGGGAAACCAGUGACACGUCAAUUUUAGAUGCUGGUCAACUGAAAAGGGUUCAGAGUUAUAAAGGUCGGUUUGUGGCAUAUGUAGAUAUCAAGAAGCUUCCCCUAUGGAUCAAAAACCAGCAGAGCCGCGAAUUGCAAUGCUUCACACGCAGUUCAACUACCUUGCGCUACUUCAGUACAAAGUUAGGCGUUAAGCAAAGAGGCAUAGUGUUUGAAUGCAUACCUUUGACAGAAAAAGCUGACAACCAAGGAUGUUGUAGUUAUUAUAUAUUUUACAGAAAUGAGAACGUGGUAAAGGUUGUGCAAGUAGACCUGUCUAUAAAGGCAAAUAUUGAUCUGCAGAUCAAGCAGAUCAAGUCGACUUUAUCAAAUCCCCAACAGGCUGAUGUGAAGAAAUUAGACUCAACUGUAUCUGCAACAAUUGAUUCCCGUCUGAAUUCUGAUAUCACCAAAAUAGUUUCUGAAAAUAUAGAAAGACAUGAGCACAGAACUUCAAAAGUCCUGAAGAGCAUGUUAUCUAAUGACAAGAAGAUACAGGUAAGAGAUACUUUAUCAAAAUUAAUUCUGGCAGGAUUGAGAUUGAGAGGCUUGUCUAGCACUAAGUCUGAAACUCAGAAAUUAUUUCGAAUAACAUUAUCUGCAUCUGAAUUUGCUCAUAGAAAGGACCUAAUACAAUUGCAAAGAGGACACACUAAGGCAAUUCCAUUUGAAGAAAUGCAAGAGACCGUAGAGACUCUUUUGAACCUUUUUACAAGAAAUGGAUAG